CCGUUCCGUUCCUGCUCCUGUUUCCGGUCUGUGUCUGUGGAGUGGAGCAGAGGUAACGCUGUCACAUGACUGCUGGGGCCGCUCAGCAGCAGCAGCAGCAGCCGGGGCUCCGUGGAAAACACACGGCUUUGUUUCCCACCCAGCAUCCUCCUCCACCCGACACACACACACAAAUACACACACACACACACAACGCCUCCUCCACCGCCGCAUCUCUGCCUCUAGUCAUGCCAUGGAUACUUUGUGGCAAUACCAGUUCCGAAUCAUCCUGCUGGGGGACUCCACUGUGGGGAAGUCGUCGCUGCUGAAGCGCUUCACGGACGGGAUUUACAGCGACGUGGCGGAUCCCACGGUCGGGGUGGAUUUCUACGCCCGCUCGCUGGACAUCGAGCCCGGGGUGAAAAUCAAGCUGCAGCUCUGGGACACGGCCGGACAGGAGCGGUUCAGGUCUAUCACAACAUCAUACUACCGCAACUCUGUUGGGGGACUGCUAGUCUUUGACCUCACCAACCGCAAGACCUUUGACCAUGUGAAAGAAUGGCAUAAGGAGGUGAGCGAGCACAUCCUGCCCCACCACAUGGUCUACAUACUCAUCGGCCACAAGAGCGACCUCAACAAGGACCGCAAGGUGAGCCGGGAUGAGGCCGAGCAGCUUGCCGCCGAUCUGGGAAUCCGCUACAUCGAGACGUCGGCUAAGUGCAACAGUAAUGUGGACCGGGCGUUCGAGCUGCUGACCAGAGAUAUCUUCGAGCUGAUGAAGAUGGGGGAGAUCGUUACCCGUGAUGGCUGGGAUGGCGUUAAAAGUGGCCUCACUGCAAAGGUCCUCUACCCGGGUGAUGACGAAGAGGAACUUGCGACUGCUUCCCCCGAGAAGGGCUGCCACUGCUAACUGUUGAUACUAUGUGUUCAUAAACUGUCUCAUCGCACUGAGAUCUCACUUCGUCUUGCGGCCAUCAAUAGAAACCAGACCACUCCGAGUCACCACCCUGUGAUGUAGCCACUGUUCCUUCCUUACUUUGUGACUUGUGCCCUUGUCUUUGUUUGGAUCACUCUAAGAGCUGAGAUUAUCGCAAGGAAAUGUGCAUUCCAGUCUUAUUGGCAGGUGGAAUCUAUAUAGUGAGGCAUAACACCAGGUGCACAGAGCCUCCUGACGCAAUGUGAAAAACAGAACCUAGCCAUAUGCCCUUCUCUCAGUACAGGAGCAAACGGACUUAUGAUUGUAAGGUCUACCUGUCAAAGUUUGUGCAAUGUUUUGCCUACACUCUGUUGUAAUUCUCGUAGAUAAUAAAAAACUAUAGAGAUGGCAUACAAAGAGAUCACAAGAAGUUGUUGGAGUUGAUAGUGUAAAGAGACACAGCAUACUGCAAUAAGUGUAAAGCAGUGUGCUGCUCCUCCUGUUAUUGUAAACUGUGUGCACUAACACCAAAUCGAUUUUAAACCUUUAAUUAUCUUGUAAAUAGAUGCAUACCAUCAAAAUCUGAGAAUAUUUGUAGUUAAGAUGUUUACAUACAGAUAGACCAUGGUACUGAAGGUUUGUGGUUCUAUUUAAGGCAUCUGUAAAUAACACUAGUAAUAAGAUGGACAGUAGAUGUAUUAAUUAAUUUUUUGGUUCUUCUAUAAGCGUUCACUAACUUAGGGUAAUAUUGAUAAAACUGCAACAAUUUAAUUUGCCAGAUGACUUUGAGAGGAAACUGGAAUCAUAAGAAAAUCGUAAGAGCUGCUGUGAGACUUGUUUGGUGUUUUUAUUCCCACCCACUGUGCUAAGUGGGAAAAACUGAAGGUUACACUUUUUUGACAGAUUUUCCAACCAUUUUCAUUUUACAAAAAUACAAGAGUAAUUAACUCAAACAAAAACUCCUUCAGCUCUCUUUUAAGCCCUUUCCGAAAGACAGUUGAAAGCAAAUGGCUUUAUAGGGUGUAGUAACAUCAACUCUCCAAGUGGAGGCACUGGCAAUGUUACUUGGUGGCUGAAUUUCUCGUUAGGCUUUUCCCCUUCUCACCCUCUAUGAAACUUGUUCUCUCUCACUUGUUACAUGGCUACAAAACCUUUUCUUGCUCUACUUAUUUUUAAGGUUGUUCUUUCAAUCAUCAUAAAAUUAGCACAUCUUUUGCAACAUUCAAGUUGACAAAAUGUCACAUCUUACACCGUAGAGAUUAGGUAUCUUCUGUGGGUGGGUCUACACAGUUCUGAGCAAACUCAAUUCAUGUACUAAAAGGUGUGAAUAUAAGCUAAUUAUGGUGAAUACAGGACAUAUUAACAUUGAUAUAUUCAGGUGUUAGCUUGCCGGUUAGCAAGUUAAAAGCUUGCCGGUUAGCAAGUUAGCAAGCUAAAAGCUUGCCGGUUAGCAAGUUAGCAAGCUAAAAGCUUGCCGGUUAGCAAGUUAGCAAGCUAAAAGCUUGCCGGUUAGCAAGUUAGCAAGCUAACAGCAAGUUUCUACCCCACUGCGCUUCACACAGGAAUAACAUCACGCAAAGUAUAUAAAACGCUGCUAUUGUUUCAGCUUUGCAUUCCAAUAAGAACAAUAUUUUUCCAGCGAUAACUGUAGAUCUGAAAAGUUCUUUCAGUUCCAAUCUGGAGUUUCACCUUAUGCCACCUUUGAGUUUUCACGUGGAUAACCACUAAACAACAUUUUGCUAAAGACUGCGACGUCAUUACCCCAGCUCUAACGUAACUCUCAACAUCAAGAACAUCAACAUGUGACGUUCAGGUUCAUUCCUCUGUUUUGGGUUUCUUGUCAUGGUUGUGUUGCACUGCGACCUGCAGGUCUGGCAUGGUUACUGCGGUGUUUUGGAUCAUUUUCAGGACUUUUGAAAUGAUGUCAUGUUCAUCAGAUAUUUUUUUUAAUCAACGUAUAUCUUGAGAAUGUCUAAGAUAAUAUUUGAUGGUUCAUUCAGGUCUUUUUUCAGUGACUGCUAUUCUGAGCUAUUCUCUGAACUUGCUUGCGUUUAGAAAACAAUCUGUUGAAAGUGAUUGGUGCAUGUUUUCAAACAGAAGUCUAUCCACUGUGUCCUUCCUUUUAGUUUGAUGGUCUAUCUAACAAUGACUGCUAUGGGAUCAAUUCUUUUAACUUUAGGUUUAAGAUAACAUAUUAGCCAGCCAACUAAUAUGUUACCGAAUUAAAAGGGUUGUUUCUACUGCUUUUUCUGAUUUGCAGACUUCUGAUAUAUGACAAAUAAGUAUGCUAGCAACGUGUCACUUUCCCUCUUUGAAGUAUCCUUUAAGUAUACUUCUGGGUCUAUUUCUCCAUGUGUGUGAGGCUCAGGUAAGAUGUUUCUGCUUCAAUUCUUCAAGGUAAAACUGACAAGAAGCUUUCUUAUAGUGGGACGUGAACUUAUUCUUCUUGUUAAAUCUUGCAAGGGAAAAAAGUUAAAUGUUUCAUCAACAUUUAAAAUUGUUACUAUUAAUAUAUUCUCAGAAUUCUCAAAAACCAAACUAUGUCUUAUAAGUCAAGAAGGAAAAUGAUUUUUGCACCUUAAUUGUAGAGAAAACACUUUUUUGUUGGGAUUUCUAAAUUAUCUUCUAAAGUAUAUCUACUUACUUUUUAAAGUUACUAGGGGUGUACCAAUAACUCAGCCCUGAUCUCCCUCAUUUUUGGAGAUCAGUGAUCGGCUGAUACUUAUAUCUGAAGCUGAUUUUAUCCACUGAUCUUAUCUACCUCGGUUAAAGGUCUAAUGAGAGGUUUGACUGACAGACUGGCCCACCAGAUUAUGUCUGCAUGUUUACAGAAUAGUUAAGAAUAGUUACUCUACUGUUCAGCGACAAAUCAGUGACUUUCUUGCUAUAUUGGGCAACAUUUCAGACAAAAAAAUUGGUAUCGGCCACAAUCGGAAUGGCCAGGUCAGGUUUCUUAAAGAUUGGCAAUCUGCGAUCAGCCAGAAAACUACAAUCAGUGCACCCCUAAAAGUAACCCAACACUCAAAACUAAUUUAAACAGCACACUUCCUUCUACAAUCCUAUGUUCAGCGAAGAGUGAAAUGUAAUUACAACAAAGCUGCAGCUGCAAACGUGACAUGCAGCCUUCCCAGGUUUGAGAAUUUCUUCUGGACUAAAGAGGUUUUAAAUAAACAGCCUGAUAACCCAGAACUCUUAACUCGGGAAUUCAAUCAUCUUUCCUAAACUUUCUCCACCAAACACAAGAUUGCCAGACAUUUAUUCUGUUCUAUAAUAUAGAAUAUUUAGUUAAUUCAGCAUACAAUAUAUGUUAUAGCACAGUGUAAGAUGAGGAAGAUAGUAUGCUACGUCGGCAGCAUCUUUUUAUUUUUUACUCUUACACUCAAAUUCACUUUUCUAUAUAUUUUUGUUCAUGUAUAUUAUAUACAGUAUAAUAUGUUCUGAGUGCACAAGAAGACUUUAUCUUACAGGUUCUUUGCCUUGAUAGAUUCCAUUUAAAUGAGUAUUUCUGACUUUCCCCAGUUAUUACCUUUUCCCUUGUCUCCUCCUUUAUACAGGGUCAAACUGCACAUAAUGAAAAACAUGUUGCCAUUCUUUACUGAAUCCAUCAUUUCAGACUACUGCUCUCUUUACCCAACUGCUCAAUUUAUUAACCAGAGCAGAUAAAGAUGGCCGCCUUUUUCACUGAAGAAUGAUCAAAUGUUAUUUGUGAAAGACUUAAUUUUUUAAUCAAAUGCCUCUUUAGCCACCAAUCAACUAAGAGUAAUAUUAAAAAUAAUGUCUCAAGUCGUAUAUUACAUUAGGUGUGAUGUAGGCGAUGCAUAUCAUUGUCACUUUCCACUACAAACCGAGCUUCUCUUAUCAGGUAAUGUGUAAAAAGAAGUUAUGUUUUUACAGAAAUCUGCAUGUUUGGCUUUGAAGUGUGAUCGGAGAAUAUUGUUGCCACUCAUACAUAUGUGUGGGGGUUGAAUCUAGAGCUAGAGGCAGCCUCACAUAGCAGCAUUUAUGCUCAGUCUCAGUUAGGUUUUGAACUACACCUCAUUUUUAAACUGAUUAGGCUACAUAUACAUAUUCAUAAUUAUUUUAAGAUCAGCUUGGAUUCAGCAAUCGUAUUAACUGUAUAACUACUAGCUGAGGAAUCAGUUAAGGAAGUGAGAACAAGAAAGUGUCUCAGUCAGAAUUUGCUAAGGCUAGUUUAGCACAGCUGUUAGCUAGGAGUAUUUUCUCAGAUUCUAUCAUGUCACUUUAUUUUAAAGUUGUUGGUUUUUUCUGGUAAUGAUCACGUGUAUCUUAAUUAGUCACCAAACUUUAUUUUCAGUUUCCACAAGGCUUUUAAGAAGAGAAAGUGUUAAGAUUCUCAUAUGUUGUACAAACUGUUUGGUCUAAAUCACUUUUCAUAAAGAAAAUGGACUGGUGGAACUAAAUCACAUAAACUCUUCAGAGGCUAGAAUUCAUGACUUGACUUUUUUUUUUAAAUUUGUCACUUAAAAGAUUUUUUUGGGGUGAUGUAAUCUCAAUGACUCAUAAAAGAAUAAAUAAAUAGAUGUUCAAUAUAUCA